GACCUACUACUGGGGCAGACCUUGAGUCAGUAUUAUAUGAAUGCGGAAGUGGAGCAAUACAUGUAGCAGACGGAAAGCGCGGCGACUUGGGUCAUUCAUUUCACCGGCAGUCAUUUCAUAACUAGAGAUAUUGAUAUCAAAUGAUAUGAGUCAGUCUCAGCAGACAUCACAGAGCCAAUCCAGUUUAACAAGACCUGAAAAAAGACCAAAACUAGACGAACGAGGAAACGUUGGCAUGGAACAAUCCAAGUCCACCAGUACAGAAGGCGAAAGUCCGCUCCCAGAUUACAACUUGCCGUGCCAUAUAUUAGAAGAAAUCGUCCUAAAACUUUCCGACUUAAAAGACGUUUUGCGUUGUCUGCGCGUCUGCAAAACUUGGAGUCGUAUCCUCAACAGAGUCUCGUUUUGGAAGCGGUAUGUGCAGAGUCAUUAUGAUCUAGAGGCUGCCGAUGAUCCUUCUUCUGACGAGGUUCUUGCCAACUGGCAGGGUGAUCGGUUUUUCAUCUAUUUCGUUGAGGAAGGUAACCCCGAGUACUACGUGUUCAAACCGUUUCCAGUGUUGUUGAAGUGUGGCAUUAUUGUAGGUUCUGGGUUUAAGCUACCAGAUGGCGACACAGGCCAGCAUUUUGCGACCCUCACCAUCGCUGUUGAUAAGCUGCUCACCCUGAAGAAGAAAUCUGCAAAGUUUGAGUGUAACGUAAUGGCAUAUGGCAACGAAGGGGACGGCCCCCAUGCGAUAUGGCUUAUGCCAUGGAAUGACAGUGGAAUGCCCAGUGGAAAGGAGGUUUUUAUCCAGGAGAAAUCAUGA